GUAUCAGACAAAAAGCAAGAGCAGCAAUUCAGGAAAACAUGCACAUCGUGGCUUGCACAAAUUGCCAAGGAAAACAAGGAACUUCGAAUUCCCAGGAUUGUCUCGUCUCUCUUCAUGUCACCAGGAGGCAACCGUUUUUACGAGUUUCUUGUCUAUUUCUCUGAUUACGUUCUUGUGCAAGCCGCAAGUCGUGAAGGUGGACGAUUUGCUCGCUGUCCAUCUGUACCUGCAAUCGAUCGUACAAACUUCACUCUCACUCACGUCAUGGCCAAGGCUACUAUGUGUCACUCACUGAGAGAGCGGCAACGGUUUCUGGAUGCCAGUCAACAACUCGUUGCUGCACAGAAAGAGUGGAUGGCAUGCGCAACAGAGUUAACUCACGAGUAUCGCAAACUUUCUAAAGCUGUGAGAGAGCAAGAAUCAAAGAUGAACUCAUACAUUGCUUCUCAACGAGACAAGUUAUUGCUUCGGCCUUCGAAUCCGAAAAAUGUGUCGUCUGGAUCUCGAAGUGCAGACUUCUACUUGGAGACGGCGAGAAAACAACGAGCGACAAAGAUGCAGCAGGUGAGAAAAUACUGGCAGACAUUAGAGGCAUACCACAAGAACUCUACACCAGAGCGUCAGGUGGUGCAGUCAAUUCUAGAUGGGAACACUCAGAAACAUGGAACAGAUGCUGCAGACAUUCAAGUCCAGGUUCCUGGUUUACUGUUACCUGAGUGUCAGCAGCAGCUAGACAAGGGUGAACUAAACAACAUUUAUCAAAAUGGAAAAUUGGAUUUGCUCAGUCUGGUUCAGUUGUGGGGUCUGUCUCUUAACACACUGAAAGAUAAACUACAAGAAAGCGAGAUUCCUGACUUGGGCAAGCUGCAAGCUGAAAUUGCAACUCAUGUUCACACUCAUCAUGGGCAACUGGCUGAUGCCAAAGUGAUGAACACUACUUUGUCACAACUGUUGCCUGAACUCAAACGGUCAAUUGCUGCACUUGAUGCUCAGCUUGACAGUGAGGUGAAGAAGUUUGAGCAGCUAAAGUCUACAGAAAUGUUAUCAAUGCAACCGAGGAGUCACAGAAGAGGAAAUGCUAUGAUGAGUCAACUUGAUUUAUUGGCUGCAACGCCAGAAGUCACUCCAUUGAAUCCGUCAGCGAGUCCACUCACCGACGAAUCAAAUAUGAGACCAAUGCGUAGGACAACAGACACAACUUCAACUCCACAAGCCAUCCGUCACUUAACAGCAACAGUAGAAAACGCUACAACAAAUCGAGUGUCCAAACCAGCUAAAACCACUCGAAUACCAAUAAACGUAGAAAGACAUCACAGAGAAGAUGAAACGACGUCAACCUUAUUACGAGUCUCAACAGAAAUGGGAAGCAGCACAAAACCACGUCUUAAAAAGGAAGUCGCAAAGUUGACUAAAAGACAAACCCAACGAGGAAAACAACAAGAAACAACAAAGCAACAGCAUAAGAUCGUAGGUCGUACUACUAGAUCAGAACGAAAGGACAGAACCACCAGCCACCAGAUAAAAGUAGGACGUCGGCAUGAUGUGACCAUGCCAUUAAAGACACCAUCGGAUCGUCGCAACUUGUCAACAAGAAACGUCACACAGAUGCCGUCAAUGCCUAAAGCUCAACUCUUACUUGCUGAUCAGAUUGCUAGUUAUGUUGCCGGUUCACCAGAAUCCGAAAUGAACGCGUCUGCAGAUUCGACACCAAGUCACAACUUGAUGCAUAGUCUUGCUGAUCCGUCAAGUGCAUUAGGUCAAGAAGCGUUCCUUCCUCGUGACAAGUUGACACGCACGCCAGCCCCACCUCGACACCCGUCACAAGCGAUAACCGAUUCGUCUCCACUGGACGGAAUCCUUCAUCAACCCAAGAUGGCAACCAGCGAACUCGCUCACCAUACGACCGCCUCACCAGACCUACAAGCAGAACACAGUGAGUCAAACCCCCAGGAGUGCUCGUCUAGUCAUCCUCAACCCACUGGUCAUCAACAGAGGUUCACGCUUUUGCCUCCAAGCGCAUUUACGACUCCUAGUGUAUUGAGUUCUCACUCGAAUACGUCGUCAAGGCAAACCAAAGCGUUUCCACCACACACUCCAGUUACGUCUCAGACAGAGACUCUGCAUGCUGUGACGCCCGGUCUGUUGGUGUUCUCGGAGGAAAGCUCGCCGUGUGUGAGUGGACUCGUUGAUUCAUCGGGUGAGGGAGGAACGAUGCAAUCAGCACCACAAGAUGCAUCCUUGCUGAUUAGUUUUGAAUCGGAGGUUGAUAUUAAUAAGCAGGAAGUGCCCCCCUCGGUGGUCACUCCAUUUUCUGUUGUACCUUCGACGUCGUCCGUGUUACUCACAAACAGUGGAAACUUGAUUGUCUCACAGACACGAAACGUUUCAUCACAAGAUGCUGUGCAAGUUACUCGACCACUUUGUAGGGACACGAUGGAGCAUGCGCAGCUCAUCAGAACCGAUCAACUGGAUGUCACUAUUGAACGGGUCCAUUCUAGUCUGACUGCUCAACAUGUGAGUCCAGCUGCUCGAGAUGUAGAGCAACCGGUUGGCAUGUCGAGUGUUUUGCCCCGAGGGCCGACAUCUUGUGCUUCUACUGAUGCCAAUGCAUUGCAGACUGAGAGACUGAACGAAGCGUAUCUCACCGGUCAGUUUGAAUGUGAAGGUACGACACCACAGGAAGCUCACUCGUUGUGGAGAGAAGAUGUGCAGUCGAGUGCCAGUAGUUUGAUAUCAAUAUGGUCGAACCAGCCACUCGCUCAAACUCACACGACGUCUCCGUCUCUUCGUGGAAGUCCGAUAUCGCUCGCACAGCCUCGUGUUGGACAUUUGGAUGGUGAUGAUGGAGGUAGUGUUGAAGGUUUGAGUCCACUGUCUUCUCUGAGUGGUCAACAGACAGACCGACAUCAUCAAGCAGCAGGUCUGUGGUCUGAUGACGACAAUCUAUUAGCCGACGAGUCUCUACCAUCACUGGUUUCCUCACAGUCGCCAGGAAGCUUAACUAGAAGACUCUCAUUCCAAGGGAAAAACGUCUCAAACGAAUCCUAUUCAUCUGACACAAAGUUGCUACCACCGAAGCAGGCGUCGUCCGGUGGUAUAGUUGACUUGCUCUCUCAACUGUCUUUGUCACCGUUAUCGAGCGUAACGAGCACGAACUCGGACCAUGUGAAUCAGUAACGAAUCAAUCGUGUUGUAUUGCUAUCACUCUUGUGUUGAAACUACAGUAUGUGCUCCGUGUAUGUACAUUGCGGCAUAAAUCACUCAAUUGUCUGAAUUCAACUAACUCGAAUAGAACGUAAGAAAUCUGA